UCAUGUGAUUAGCUGUGUCCAAUCACAGCAUAUCACAUAGCACUGAUGAUCAGUGUGCCCUGAUGAUCUGUGUAGCCCCAGAAGUGCCCCAUGUCAGUGCCCAUCAGUGCCACAUCAAUGCCACAUAUCAGUGCCAUCUGAGCUGCCUUUCAGUGUCACCCAUCAGUGCCAGUCAAUGCCACCUAUCAAUGCCAGUCAGUGCCACCUAUCAGUGCUGCCAAUCAGUGCCAUCUAUCAAUGCCAGUAAGUGCCGCCUAUGAGUGCCAGUCAGUGCCGCCUAUCAGUACCAGUCAGUGCCGCCUAUCAGUGCCAUCUAUCAGUACCGCCUAUCAGUGCCAUAUAUGAGUGCUGCCUUUCAG